AUGCCAUUCUAUAGGCGCACGGUGGUCCCCCAGCGUUUGUGCCCGCGAAACCCGCCACAUCCGCUGAAUGAGCUCCGCGACGUGAGCCACCUGGCCGCACUCAGCCUGCUCCGGCAGCUCGCUGACCUCUGUGGCCACUCACUGGGUCUUCUCGAGGACCUCGAGGGGCACCUGCUGGCCCUGGGCCGCCGCACCGACUGCCUGUACCAGCGCACUGUGCGCCUCCGCCGCCGCCUUCCCUGCCGCCUGCUCGGCCCUGAGGAGGACGAAGACAAGCUAGCUGCAGCUAACUCGGGUCGGGAAAAUUCGACAGCGACUGCCCACUCGAGGUCGUCAUGGCAACAGCCAGUGAACGUUUUCCUCUCCUCGGGCAGGCCCCCGAGUGUAGAGGAACUGCUUCGCGAGGCGCAGCUCAAUCUCCAGAGCCUAUUACAAGAAGAAUAUGAGGAACAGUACUCCGAGGCCAGACUUCUGGGGCAGACCUUCCGCUCUUCUGAUGAGGCCCCUGACCUCACUCACAACACAAGGCCCCAGUCUGCCAGGCGUCUGGAGUUUGUAUUGAUGACUACAAAUCGGCAGCUGAGUGAGGAUGAGACUACUAUCCAGGGUGUGAGGGCCCUGGAGCACCCCCUGAGCCUUUCUCCAGCCGACAAGCAAACUGCCUGGAAUGGCCCCUUCCCUCUGCCAAUCUUGGAAGGGAAGUGGUGGCCUCAGCCCUGCUCCACUCAGUCUGAUCUUGUGCCCAUCAACAUUUCUGGGCAGCAGUUUGAUAAACAUGCAAGUUUGCGACACUCGUUGUUUAAUACAGAGACAGCUGUGAACCCCAAGUCCACCCUGAGGCGGAGGCGGACCAUUAUUGGAAUCUCUAACUUUUCCCAGCGAGAACAAGGUCACAGCAACAGCCCUGCAGACAGUGUGACCCUCUCUGCCACCUCGGAUGCCAGGCCCAGCCACUCUGCCCCACCAGGGAUUCAUGGAAUAGUUACCAUUGGGCAAGAAGCACGAUUUCCAAAUUUGACUUCACCAGGACUGAGAAAUCCUUCCAGUCAGUCCGGGGACUCUCACCAAGUACGUGGAGAUCCAGAUCUUCCCAGCAUGGAGAGCAUGGGGAUGGUAUAUAGUGUCCCCAGUUCUUGCAAUGGACCCACAGAAUCAACGUUCUCCCCUUCUAGGAAGGGAGAUACUUUCACUUAUAUGACUCCAAGUGCCAACAACCAGAGUAACCAAGUCAAUGAAAAUGGAAAAGCUCCUUCCCUGGGGAAUUCUUGGGUGAACACCCUCCAACCUCUGGUUCCUAAGGAGGCUGCUACUCUCUUUGUCACUCAUGAUAACCCGGCAGGAUGCAGUGGGGUAACCAAAUACUCAGAGCAUCCUACUCAACGAAGACAAACACUAGGAAGACCUCCCAAGAUUGGCCUUCUGACCAGUGGUACUUUGAGGCUAGAGACAGGCCCAGGUGGAGCCAAUAGAUUCCGGGAGCGAUCACUGUCUGUGCCCACAGACUCAGGUACCACAGUAGGGAGCUAUGAUGAAGAGCACAAGACCAGCGAGGCUUGUGCCCUACCGUAUGCCAGCACAAUCUCAGAAGGCAGUAACAGUGCUGAUAACAUCAUGUCACUUAAUGCCGAGCAAGAGGCCCGGCACAGAAGACAGAGGUCCAAAAGCAUCUCACUCAAGAAGGCCAAAAAGAAGCCUUGCCCACCAAUGCGCAGUGUCUCUCUGGUCAAAGAUGAGCCCAUCCUCUUACCAGAAGGUGGGACAGCAUUGCCCAAGGACCAGAGACCCAGGAGCCUUUGCCUGUCCUUAGAAAAUCAAGGACAUCCUCACUCACUCCACCCAGAUGCUCAGGGUCACCCAGCGGUUCCAACCCUCAAAGAUCCAGAAGGUACUCAUUUCUCCCACCCCUGGUAUCUUACUGACUGGAAGUCUGGUGACACCUAUCAAUCCUUGUCUAGCUCUAGCACUGCCACUGGCACCACAGUCAUCGAGUGCACUCAAGUUCAGGGCAGCUCUGAGUCUCUUGCCUCACCUUCCACCUCCAGAGCCACAACACCUUCCCAACUCUCCAUUGAGGUGGAGGCUAGGGAGGUAUCCUCUCCAGGAAGGCCUACAGGACUGAUGUCACCCUCCAGUGGCUAUUCCAGUCAAUCAGAGACACCUACACCCACAGUCUCUAUGUCCUUGACUUUGGGCCACUUACCCCCUCCAAGCAGCAGUGUUCGAGUACGUCCAGUGGUACCCGAGAGGAAGUCAUCACUGCCUCCAACAUCACCAAUGGAGAAAAUUUCCAAGUCACGCCUGUCAUUUGACCUACCACUGACCUCUCCGACCAGCCUGGAUCUAUCCGGGAUGAGUAUCUCCAUUCGCAGUAAAACCAAGGUGAGCCGUCAUCACUCUGAUACCAACUUUGGAGCCAAAUUGGCCCAGAAAACUAGCCCCAACCAGCCCAUCAUGCCCAUGGUUACUCAGUCUGACCUUCGUUCCAUUCGCCUGAGGUCAGUCAGCAAAUCUGAGCCAGAAGAUGACACUGAGAUCCCAGACUAUCCAGAGGAACCUGGAGCCGAAGAAGUCUUCAUGUUGCCUGAGAGAAAAGUGAAACCUCCUGUAGCUGAGAAGCCCCCUCUGGCCCGAAGGCCUCCAAGCUUGAUCCACAAGCCGCCAUCAGUCCCCGAGGAACACCCACUAGCUUCACCAACUUUGGCUAUGACCCCUAAGAGUUCUAUUCAACAUGUGAGACCGCUCUCUCAAGACAGCUACACAGUGUUGAGGAAACCAAAGUCCUCCAGCUUCCCCGAUGGACGAAGCCCAGGGGAGUCAACUGUCCUCUCUUCUCUUGCUUUCACGCCUUUUGCCAGUUCCUCUGGUGCUUUCUUCUCAGGAACACAACAGCCUCCCCGGGCAAGUAUGGAGGAUGAUAGCCCCAAAGGGAGAGCAUUGCCUCAAAGAAUAAGCCUCCAGAGCCAGGAAGAAGCUGAGAAAAAGACCAGCAAGAUCCCACCUCCAGUACCAAAAAAGCCCAGUGUGCUGUAUCUGCCUCUCACCUCUCCUGGAGCUCAGCUAGAGACCUAUGUGGUAGAAACAAGGCUGCCUCUAAGCCCCAUCAUCACCCUAGAGGAAGAAGGCAAGCAUCCCCCCACUCGCAAUGACCCUCCAUCUCCUGGUAAAAGGGUGAUUUCAACUCUUCAGGCUGACAGGGGGCAAGAGCCACACUCUUCAGGGAGUACGGUGAAACCAAACACUGAAGAGAAAAGUUUAAUCAGUGAUAAAACAGCUGAAUGGAUUGUGGAGGAAGAGGAUGACGUGUUUGUGGCUUCACGCACAACUGAAGAUUUGUUUACUGUGAUACACAGGUCCAAAAGAAAGCUGCUUGGCUGGAAGGAGCCUGGAGAGGGUUUUGCAGGCAGCAGGCCAAGCUCCCACUCACCAGUGAAAAACACAGCCGAUUCUCCCAUCAGUGAGUCUUCUUCCAUUGCCUCAGGACCAAGUGGCAGCACCAGCCUAGAUGCUGGCAGAAAUGAUGAUUUCAAGGCCUUGCUCCAGAAGAAGGGAAGUAAAGCAACUCCCAGGUCCCGCCCCUCAGCUGCUGAGCUGUUGAAGACCACUAACCCACUGGCUCGACGAAUCAUUGCUCAGUUUUCAAAAGACUAUGAAACCACCGACAACCCCAGUACAUAAGCCUCAGCUUCAAGAGCAGGGCUUACUAGGCUUGAGUACAGAAGGGGGAAGAGAAAUGAGUUUAGAAAGAAACCACAAGCAUAACAAAAUAGCCUACAUUUCUUUUACAUUAACUCACACUCUGGAUGGCAGAGAGGCCCAUUCAACUAGAGCUGAGAUCAUCAAGCACUUGAAAAGUCUUCAGACAUUCUGCAUUCCCAUUCUUACACCCUUGUCAUGAUUGACUAGGGAGUUCCUUAUUUUCCCCCAGUGCUUUGAACUAAGAAGAAAUCCUGACUUGAGGGUGUGUGUGCCCCUUUUUAGUCAAUGUCCUGGCUGCUCUGUCCCUUGAGUCCUAUCCCUGAGAAGCACGAUGGGGGCGCAGACUAGAGCCUGCCCAACAGGGGCAGGUGGGAGAAGGCAUC